CCUUCCAUUCAAUUUGCCAACUCAACUCGUAGCUACUCGUCAGUCAGUCCAAUCUGCUUAGUCGAUUUGAAAUCGUGAAUGAUCAACUGCGGUGAGAUUUUCUCAACCUAAACCCCAUUUGAUGGCGUAUCAGAUGCAACCCGUCGACCCCAACCCAUGAACGUCCUCACUUUCAAUGGAUGGAUAUACAAUUGACCCAAAAAUUAGGGGCCAAAAAUGCAAUAUACUGAAACUUCAACAACCUUUUCGUAUCGUUUCUCAGCAGCCAAGCAGUCCGUUUUUCUUGCUAGACUGUAGAAAACUGAGCUCUGAACAUGGCGGAACUGCAAACGAGCGAUGAGGUUUCCAUGUUCUUGAAAUCCGGCAUUUACUAUUUCGAGAACUCCAAUGCAGUAUUCAUCGAUCCCGUUCGAGUCCUCAAUCGUUCUUACAAUCGAUUUAGGGUUUCAUCUUCUGUGUACUACUCUCGAUUCUUCGAAUCCAAGUACUCCAAAGAAGAUCCAACAGAUUCUUCACACUCGAGAAAACGAAAACGAAAACAGAAACAGAAAAGUCCUCUCGCUCUCAACGACAGAGAACGAAUCGCCGAUCAACGCCAUCAAGAGGUGAGGCCUUUGUUGUUGAAGGCACAUGAAGCUUUACUUGGAGCUACUGAUUUGCUAGCAAUUAUUCGAAACUUGAGGAGUGAUGGAUGUUCUUCAGAAGAUUGUGGAGACUUAGUCUCGCCGAGCACUGAUCAGUCUUUUGUUGAGCUCGGAAGUGUUUGGCAAGCCCCUUUGUAUGAGAUAACCCUGAAUUUUCCUCAAUUCUGUGAACCUACCCAAGAUGGAGGUUCAUCAGUAGUUCAAUUCAUUGAACAAAGAGUGGUCCAAAUGUUUAAUAACUUAGUUGUUAACAAGGCAAGUACAGAUGUAGAGGCUGAAUUUCUGAACAGAAGAUAUAUAAUACCUAGAAAGAGUUGUUUCUACAUGUCUGAUCUGGGGCAGAUUCACAACCUGAUUCCUGCUGAAUCUGAUUGUGGGUUUAAUCUUAUACUGGUCGACCCACCAUGGGAAAAUAGCAGCGCCCAUCAGAAAUUAAAGUACCCAACUUUGCCAAACCGAUAUUUCUUAUCACUUCCAAUUAAGAAACUUACUCAUACAGAUGGAGCUCUGGUAGCCUUAUGGGUGACCAACAGGGAGAAAUUGCGUGGUUUUGUUGAGAAAGAACUGUUUCCCUCAUGGGGAGUCAAAUACAUGGCUACUCUUUAUUGGUUAAAGGUGAAAGCGGAUGGUUUAUUGAUUAGUGAAUUGGAUCUCUUUCAUCAUAGACCAUAUGAAUGCCUUCUUGUAGGUUACUGUCAUGGAAAGGCAAUGGAUUCUGAAUCCUUGUCAGGACUCAAACCUAUACCAGAUAAUCAAGUCUUCAUCAGUGUUCCUGGGGAUUACUCUAGGAAGCCCCCUAUGGGAGAUGAAAGCCUCUCUCUUUGGAACUACAUUUGCCGACCUGGAACCUAUUUGGCAUUCUUGUGCAAGUGUUUACCCUCAAGUAAGUUGCACAUAUUUCUGUCCCUGUUGACAUAUCAUUUUGUUAAAACUGGAAUAUGGGUUUUGCUGUUGUUUUCAUGAUACUACAGCUUGGUACUUGGCAUUAUUAGUGGUUAAUGAAAAUUAUUGAUGGCAAGUGCUUGUAAAAACUGUAGUGGAUAGGUAUGAUCACUGUAACUCAGCAAGUUUCCUCUGGUUGCCUUUCCAGUGCGUGGAGAGGUUAGAACAUCUCUGCUCUAUGAUUAAAUACCUCGUUUCUUUCUUCCUCCUGCUGUCCUGACAGGCGGUGAAUCUUUCAUCAAGUCUCUGCUUGGUUUCUGACUCUCUUUUUAACAAUGCUUCCAAUCUUGGACUAAUUUAAUACCCAGUUGAAACAAUCUAUAUAAACCUCUCACAUUCAAAACCUGUUUGACCAUUUUUUAGUGUUGUGAUUGUGAGGCAGACAUUUGGCUGUCAUUAGUUUUGGACUUCUAGUUUAAACAGUCCAUACAAUCUCAGCCCAAAAAUUCUAUGAAAUUGUUGUAAAGCCCUGAACCUCCUAAAUCCUGUGCUGUCUUUGGUUGCCUUCCUUCUCAUUCUUAAAUCACAUUUCUUUCAUUUACUUAUUAAAAAAACAACGCUUAAUUAGUACACAUUAAUGUGUGUUUGGAAAGUGAAAGAUUGGGUACACACCUAACCUUUGGCAUAGUGCACAAAGUGGUUAUCCUGAGACUUGAACCCAUAACCUCGAGGUUAUUAGGCCAAUGUUUUACCUUUGAACCAAUCGGUGUUGGCUCUGAUCUCAUUGGACUGCUUCAGAGGGAAGCCACAACACUAAUAUGUCAGUUUGUGGCUCCCCAUUUCAUGUCAUCUCAAUUCAUUUUGUAUAUAUUGGGUUAUUUGGUUUUGAAUAAUUACUUACUAUUUUGAAUUUGGCAGCUGCAUUCCAAGUCAACCCUUUCCCCAGCUUUUCACUGAUAAAAUGAUUUUUAGUUACUACCAGUAGUAAGAAAGUGGAUAUUGUUAUAAAAUAUAUAAUAUUAUAUAUUCUGAUACUGCUUUUAUUCAGAAUGAAAUAUCGGAUUAUAGGUAAGAAAAAAUAUCUAUUUAAAGUGCUAGAAAUUAGCAUUUAUAUAUGAUCUUGACAAAUGACUGUCUGAUCUGACAUUAAUGUGAUAUUCUGAAG